UCUAAAAACUAUAUCAUUGAAAAUCUUAAAUGUUUAAUUUAGUUUUACUUGUAUUUUCUUAUAUUAGGAUAAAUAUUAGCCAGACAUAGAAUAAUAAUAACUAUAAAUAAUAAUUAAUUAAAUUAAACGGAAAUAUGCCACCAAAAUUAGAACAAACUGUCAAAAGAUCUACCAGAUUAUCAUUGUCACAGCAAGGUCAAAGGAAACCAUUUAAUAAAGAAGCUUCAAGACGACAGGUUAAAAUAUCUAAACCAACUGAUGAAUUUGGAGGUUUGUAUUCAAAUGAACCAAUAAAGCCCGAAGAUCAGCUAAAACUUACUGAAGAAGAACUAGAUGAACCUAUUGGAAAUGUUUUGUUAGUCGUUGAACCUCCAGAAAAAACGUCUAGAGUUACAUAUAGUUAUAAAGUUGGAGAAUUUUUGCCAGCAAAGAAAAGUCUACCAUAUAUACAAUUAAUUAAUUUAAAAUCAACUUUACUUCAUAACGAGUCUUCAGAAGCAAAUAUCCAAAAAGAAAACGAAUUAUGCAAGAAAGAAGAGGACUUAGGAGGAGUCGAUGAGGAUAGUAUUGAAAACGAAGAAGAAGAAGGUGACUUUGAAGGAGAAUAUCAAGCGCUGAUUACCGAAAAUGUCGGGUUGGGAGAAGAAAUGGAGGAAGGGGAAGGUGAAGUAGAAAAUGAACUUCAAAACGAAGAAAUAAAUGGUGAAGAAGAAAUGGAUGAAGAAAAAUCAAUUUCUUGGAAACCAAAAGCAACAUCAGAUUCCGACGAAGAUGCCCCAGCUAUUGUAAAAGAAGAAUCGACCAUUACAACUAAUAGUCUACCUGUAAAACAAAGAUGUGUUGUAAAAAAACUGAUGAAUCAGUUUAAUUUUUUUGAUAGAUGUGCACAGACGGAGGAAAUUGUCUUACGAGAUAAAGAAGCUCAAACAACUCCACCAUCAAAAGAUGAUUUCAAUAUUUACGUCACACAAUGGAUUAUUUACGACUCGUACAACGAAGAUUUUGCAAAACAGUUGGAAGAAAAAGAAAGAGAAAAAAGAGAAAAAUUAGCUGCACAUGCUACAAAAAAGAGUUUAAGCAAAAAAAAAAAAACUGAUGUAAGUGAAAAUUACUUGGAAAAAAAUAUGUUAAUGGCCGCAAAGUUUCUAGAACGAAUAAUCAAUCUUAAUACAUUGGAUGCUAUAGCACAAGAUUUUCGUUAUUAUGAAGACCCUUCAGAUCAAUUUAGAGGUAGAGAAGGUACAUUACUACCACUGUGGACGAUGCAGUAUGAAAAAGCAGAAUCCCUAUAUGUAACAGAUAUUAGCUGGAGUCCUGAUUAUUUUGAUCUAUUUGCUGUAACACUUGGAACUCCAAUAGGGCACUUGCCAUUAACAGAUAGUUCGGAUAUAGGAUAUAUUUGUUUAUGGUCAUUAAAGAAUCCAUCAUAUCCAGAGUACAUAAAUCAAACGCAUUGUGGAGCAAUGUGUUUAGAUUUUCAUCGUGAACAUGGUUUCUUAAUUGCUGUUGGAUUUCAUGAUGGUCAUCUAGCUGUAUAUAAUGUUAGUUUACCAACUAAAGAACCACAGUACAUGACAGAUGCAGUAAAUACUAAGCAUAAAGCGUGUGUAAGACAGGUAGUUUGGGCUAAAGAUUUACCUGAUGGGGAAAUGAAUUUCUAUUCGAUAUCCGAGGAUGGAACAGUCUGUAAUUGGUUACUUAUGCAAAGCGAAAUGUCUAAAACAAUUAUUGUUACUUUAGUUUUAGACAUGAAACCACAAAUAACAUUAGGAGGAAUAAACGAAAAACUUAUAGGUCGGGGUACAACAAUUGCUUUUCAUCCAGAAAACAAUGGAAUAUAUUUAGUAGGCACCAAUGAGGGUUAUAUUUUUAAAUGUAACACAGAAUGGAGCUCAUUUUUCAUGCAAAAAUUUAAAGCGCAUGAAACAUCAGUGUAUCGAAUCGAUUAUAACAAAUUUGAUCCGAAUAUUUUUAUAUCUUGUAGUGGAGAUUGUACAGUAAAAAUAUGGGAAGAUAAAUCUGAUAUUCCUUUGUUGAUGUUUGACUUACUAUGGAGCGUUUCCGAUGUAUUAUGGUCGCCAUUUUCAAGUACGGUUUUUGGGGUUAUUACAGAAGAUUGUGAUAUGGUGUUCUACGAUUUAGACGCAGAUAAAUAUAAAAAUAUAUGCAGUCAACCAAUUCAACCUGAAAAUCAAUAUCAACUUACUAAAAUGGCAUUCAACUGGCGAAUGCCAAUAGUAAUUGUAGGAAGUUCAAAAAGUAACGUAAUAGCACUAAAAAUGUCUCCUAACCUGAGAAUAGUAAUGAAACAGCCAAAAAAAGGAAAGCAUUACACUACUCAAAUGUUAGAACUAGAAAAAUUACAUAAAACAUUGGAUUCUACUCGAGAACCAGAUAGUUUAGUAUUACCUGUGGAUGAUGAUACUACGGACACUUAAAAGUUUUUGAUUUAAAUAGAUAUUUUAAUAAAAUAAUUUUUUGACCGAUUUAUGCUUUAAUCAUACAAUGAUUCAUCGUAUAAAAUUUUUUUAAA